AUGAAGCUUUCCACAGGAAUCAUUUUUGCCUCCAUGGCCUUUGCUUGCGAGGCUUUUGUUCAACCUUCUUCUAUUUCCCAAACCUCCACUAUAAAGAUGGUUGCUGGAGAACCAGCACCACAAGACGAACCCAUUGAUGUUUCAGCAGAGCGAGUGGAGCCGUAUUACGACACUGCCAAUGGCAACGUGAAUGCCUUUUACGAGCCACCCAUGGAGCAACAACAACAACAACAACAACAGCAGCAAUUCUAUGCUCCACCACCACCCAGUCCUCCGCUUCCCACCAAUUCCAAGGCCAUUCCGUUCAUGGCACGGCCACAGGCGUUGGAUGGAUCCCUCGUGGGUGAUGUAGGCUUUGAUCCACUUGGUUUUGCCAAAACAGAGGGAGAUUUGUUGAAUUACAGAGAAGCAGAAAUCAAGCACGCUCGUUUGGCCAUGUUGGCUGCUGCUGGAUGGCCGAUUUCAGAAUUGUGGGAUGCCAAGAUUGCCAGCAAAUUGGCCUUGUCACCGGUGGUCGACGGAAGCUUUCGGGCUCCAUCUGUCCUCAAUGGUGGACUCGCUAAAAUUCCAGCCGCCUACUGGGUAUUUUGCUUCAUCCUUGCUGGGACUGUAGAAGUGAUUGGGGCCAGUGAAAAGAACAAGCCAGGAUACACACCGGGAAAUCUUGGAUUUGAUCCCAUUGGUCUGUACCCCAAGGAUCCUGCUGGACAAGGGCGCAUGCAAUUAGCAGAAUUGAAGAAUGGCCGAUUGGCGAUGAUUGCCAUUGUUGGUUUUGCAGCCCAAGAAUUUGCCACCAAGACUGGAGUUGUCGUCGAAUCUGCUGCCUUUUUUCAGCCAGCGUUUUGA